AUGGACGCCUCCUCCCUCCGCAUCUCCAAGUUCGAUGGAACUAACUUCCACGCCUGGAAGUUCAAGAUGCAGAUGGUGCUGGAGGAACGGGACCUAUGGGAGGUCGUCAGCGGUGAGAUCAAGGCGGAACAGUGCGAGACUCAGUUGGACCAAGCGACGUACAAGAGGAAGUCAAGAAAGGCGAUGGCAGUGAUCUGUCUAGCCAUGGAAGAUUCCCAGCUACCGUUGGUCCGGUCGGCAAGUGGUGCAUGCGACGCAUGGUCAAGGUUGGAAGACCACUUCGAGAAGAAGAGUCUUGCCAACAAGCUGUUCUUGCGCCGUCGCUUCUUCACGACAAUGAUGGAAGAAGGCGACGAUGUGCUCGAACACAUCAACAAGCUCAAGACGCUGGCGGAACAGCUAGAAGCGGUGGGGGCUCCAGUCUGCGAGGACGAUCUGGUGAUCACACUCCUCGGCAGCCUGAGUGACUCGUAUCAAUUCUUGAUCAUAGCUUUGGAGUCGCGCUCAGACACUCUUAGCUGGGAGCUCGUGACGUCUCGACUGCUUCAUGAAGAAAUGAAGCGGAAGGAGCAAGGAAGUAAAGGUGAUGAAGCUUCGCAAGGUCAAGCGUUCAUCACAAGGGACAAUCAGCGCAAAGGGCGACCAGUGAAGAAGUCCUGGCCGUGCCACAAUUGCGGAAAGAUUGGUCACUGGAUGGCGGAGUGCCCCUCGCGCAUCCAAGAAAACACGGAGAGACACCGGCCACAGCGUGCUCAAGACAGCGGCGACCGCUAUCGAUCACAACGUGCAAACGUCGCUCAAGAAGAAGACUCGGGCGACUACCUCUUUUCGAUCGGUGAAACGACAUCUGCGAAAUCGAGCGACAUCUGGCUGGUCGACUCCGGGGCGACGCAGCACAUGACGUGCUCCAAGAAGUUCAUGCGGAACUACAAGGGGUUUGAUGAUGAACUUUAG